AGAAGAUACCUACUACAACAAGUCUACUGAACAAUUAAUAAUUUACCCAAACCUUCAACCAAUAAUAAUAGUGGUUGACGUAGACAAAGAAAAACGAAAGCAUAGUGAAUACGAGUGUGUAAUAUGGUUGACGAAGAAAACCAGUGCGAUAAUGAAGACGGAUGUUUUAAUGACCUGGAUAAAAUAUGUAAAAACAGGCUAUUUUUUACUUCAACGACUGAUUUUGUUUGGCCAUCACUAAGUGAUCUUGAUGUACUACCGGACGAGUUUAAUUCCCCAGCUGAAAAUCUUCCUGUGCACAUCGUUGAAGAACCGAAGAUGCAAAUCAUGGUUGAAGAGGCGCCAAUAACUCUAGAUGUUGUCGUGAUUCUGGUAUCACUGGGAGAAAUUUCAGCUAUGCAACUCGUCGAAGAACCGCAAAUUCAAAACAUGAGUGUUGAUGCGCCAAUAAUUCUAGAUGAUGUCGAGGUUCUGAAUUCAAUGGGAGUUUUUCCAGCUUCAGCUGAAAGUCAGGAUGUCAAUAAAAGAGACCCGAGAUUUCAAAAUACAAACAACAUUUACGCAAGUACGAAUGCUGGCGAGUACAUACAGUUUAAUGAGCAACCUACUGGUACAGUCGGCUGUCAAUAUGUGUGGCUUAAGACAUUUUUGAAACAUGUGUUAAGACACUUAGAUCAAAAUCCUGUGCAAACUGUUGAUGAACUGAUAGCUCAACUUAUGAUUGAAGAUGCGCCAAUAACUCUAGAUGAAGUAGUAAAGGUUCUGGAAUCAAUGGGGGAAAUUCCAGCCGUGCAAACCAUUGAACAACCGCAGAUUCAAAACAUGGCUGAAGAUGCACCAAUAACUCUAGAUCUGAAACUAAUGGGAAAAAUUCCAGCUUCAGCUGAAAGUCAGGAUGUCAAUAAAAGAGACCCGAGCUUUCAAAAUACAAACAACAUUUAUGCAAGUACGAAUGCUGGCGAGUACAUACAGUCUAAUGAGCAACAUACUGGUACAGUCGACUGUCAAUAUGUGUGGCUUAAGACAUUUUUGAUACAUGUGUUGAGACACUUAGAAAAACCUGUGCAAGCUGUUGAUGAACUGAUAGCUCAACUUAUGAUUGAAGAUGCGCCAAUAACUCUAGAUGAAGUAGUAGAGGUUCUGGAAUCAAUGGGGGAAAUUCCAGCUUCAGCUGAACUUCAAGACGUCUAUAACGAUGACGCUAGUGGCUAUGCAAACACAUACAAUAUUGAUGGAAGUGUGAAUCCUGACGAAUACCUAAAAUAUCUAUGCCUACAACCUAAACCUACACCGACAGAUCAAAAUCGUAUCGAUCAGAACUCAAGCUCGGCCGGUAACUUCUUACUGGAGGAUAUUACAGCCCUGAUCUAUAAAGAAUUAUUGGUCAUGUACUUAAAGGCGGACGAAAACAAUUUCAAAAAUAAUGAUAUGGCAAGUCUCGAACCCAAAGAGGAGAGUACGGAGCAAAAUAUGAAUGAAGUACAAUCCACUGCGGACGACUCCGCUUUAGGCAUGAGCGAUGAGUUCGAAGACUCAAUAAAUGAGAAUAGCGAUAGUGAGAGCAAUCUAGCUUAUGAUUUUUCGUUAAAAUUUAACUAUAAUUAGUUAUUCAUAUUCGUAUAAUUAGUUACGUCAUCAUCCUAAGUUCGUAUAUUGCUACUGUCUGCUGGCAGACAGCUAGGUGGUUUUACCGUCAGCCAAAUCUAUUCUUGAAGCACUGUGUUCAUGUUUGUAUAGGAAUCGUCUUCGGUGGUCUCCUCUGCCCACCAAAUUGUUGAUGUUAUAAAGUUUAUUAUACAAAUUGUUUGUUAAAAAAGUUGUUUGUUAGAUUUUAUAUGAAACUUUUGGAAUCUGUGAUAAUAUUGGACCUGGAAAUCGCCAUUGUUGGAAAUUUCCAGGUUAAAUUUGUUAGUAACGAAAAAAAUUAAUAAAGACAAAAAAAAUAAUAAUUAAACUUAGGUACAUCGUUCAUCAACAUUAUAAGCUGAUGGACUUCCAAGCACAGCUCUUUUAGUACACUUUACAUAUCUACCCAGUCCAGUAAUCCCACUGCCGUAUGAUCUAAGGAUGCCCCAUAUCUAUGUGGCAUCGGGUGUAACGAAUAUUUACAACUAUCUAUAUUGUAUCACUAGUAUGUAGUUUUAAAUAUUCUAAGACUGUGUUAUUACCUAAUACACUUUCUAUAGGUACUUACCUACACAGUCCAAUAAUCUCACCGCGAUAUGAUGAUGAUGAUGUAACAAAUACUUAUUUACAAAUAACUAUCUACUUAUAUUUUACUAUUAACUAGUAUCUAAUUUUAGAUAUUCUACUACUUACUGUGUUUUAGUUAUAACACUUUCCAUAUGUACUUACCUACACGGUCCAAUAAUCCCACCGCGAUAUGAUUUAUGCAUGUUACAUAUCAAUGUGGUAUGGGAUAUAAUAGUACAUUAUGAUAUAAGUGCGGUAAGUUGAAAAUUACAGCCGAGGCGAUAUUGCAAGCUCGAGCCGUAGGCGAGAGCUAUAGUAAGGAAGCAGAGGCUGUAAUUAUCAAAGCACACGUAUGUCAUACGAUGUUUUAUAACACAUUUGAACACACUUUUUAAAAAUAAUUUUCACCUUUGCCUAUUUUCCAUGUUAAUUUUAUUUAAAAAAUGUUAAGCACUUUUACGCCAUAAAACUCUUUGCUAAAAACAUAUGUGCAUAUAUGUGCAUAGUGCAUACAUAACAACAUUGAAAAUGUAGAAAUAAGAGAUACUUCACUAGCAAAUGUAUUAUAACAAAUAUUUAGAGAUAUAUAAGUUUAUAUUAUCUACUACAAUUUAGUUUUAGAUAUUCUACUACUGUGUUAUUAUACUUUACUUACCUACCCAGUCCUGUAAUCUCACCACGAUAUUAUUUACGAGUAUGUGAUGAUCGAUAUGGCAUGGGAUGUAAGAAAUAUUUACAAAUGUUUAUAUUUUUCUACUAAAAUCUAGUUUUAGAUAUUUUUCUACUAUGUUAUUACCUUUAUUACGUUUUCUAAAUGAAAUACACAAUUUUUAUGAAUUGUGAAACCAAUUGUGUAACUCUUUAAAGUUUUUAUAGUUUAUAGGAUACUUUUUUAAAAAACUUAACGCCUUAAUAAAGUUUAAAAAAGUUUGACUUUCAUAAAAUA